CUGGAAAAGGACGGAGUGAUACACAACAAAGGCUUCAAAACAGAAGAAACGGAAAAUAUUUUUUUGAAGGGACGAAGGAAUUUUCUGGAUGCUUUCUUUAAUCUUUCCGUUCGGAGUUUAAUUUGUGAUUCUGGAUCGGUGACACUUCCAGUUGUGAACGUGGAAUUCGGGCUGUUUUAUUGAAUCUUUGGUGUUUUUCUUUACAGGGCUUAGUAAUGGGGAAAUGGGAUUUUGAUGGAUUUGAUUUUCUGUAGUAUUGAAAAUGGCCACCGAGGCUGAUACUCAUCCGAGCUUCUGCAACCAAAGCUGGUAUUGCCAAGACCUAUCAUCAGAUCACCAAAACUAUGAGGGUGAAUCUACUAUUCUGGAUCAUGGGUCAGUUUCUUUUGGAAGAUAUGCUGGUGAACUUGCUUGGGAGAAAUGGUCAGUCUUCACUCAUAACAGAUGUCAAGAAGAGCUAGAGAAGUUCAAGGCUCCAGGAUUUGUUGCUCAGAAGAAGGCGUACUUCGAAGAGUAUUAUAAAAAGAUUAGAGCCAUGAAGGAAUUGCAAGCACAGCAACAAGAUAUCGACCAACUUGGACCUUCCCAAGAAAUACCUGGAAGCAGCGUAUCAAUAGAAUAUGGUGCUACUGAUACUGCAUUUUUAAGUAAGGAAGAUGAAGAAAAAAAUGUUAGUGAAAAUCAGAAGCUGGAGUGUGGUAAGACCUGUGACUUGAACUCAUCAAGAGGGUGCAUUUCCAAUAAUUCACAACAAGUUGUCAAAGAGACACAAAGUCACUCCAGUGAGAGUAACAAUGCUAACUUUGUGGAUGGAGCAUGUGUCUCUUUAAAACUUCCUCAUGAAAAGGCUUCUUGUCAUCAUGCUUCAUCAGUUGGCAAGAGGCUAAGAACUGUUCAGCAAAAUGGCCUUAUUCCCGGCCAAGUUGGGCAAGAUAUCAACAAAAUGGGGAAACAUGAACCUCUUCUGAAGGACAAGGGAACUUUAACCCCUGCCACAAACAAAACAAAGUUGGGCAGAACUACAGAAGAUGCUGUUAAGAAGUUUGGGAAGCCAAAACCAUCUCCCCAAAUAGGAAAUUCCAGUCAGGUUGUGAAAGGUCUCCCUUCAAGGGAAGGAAUUACUCAAACUCUAGCUAGCAAUAUCAACAGACAAACAACUGGAGCACGUUCUACUCUGCAUGCUUCAUCAGCACAUGGUAAGCUGGUUUCAUCUACCUCUAGUGUUGGAGAUGUUAAAGGCAAGACAGCUUCAAAUUCUCAUUGCUCACGAGACAACUUAAAGACGAGGUUGCCAGUUGUUUCCAGAUCUACUAAGUUUCAGGGUAUUUCAAAGGAGGUUACAGUUACUGGCAGUUUGAAAAACAUGACUCUUAACAUCAGCAGGUUGAAAAUUACCAGGUCUAAAGACCUUCCUGACCAAGGUAAAUGUAAAUCAAAUCAGAGCAUUGGAGUUUUGGGGCACAACAAUCUUGACAAAGAAGGGAAAGGGCAGAAGGGAAAGGACAACAAUGAUGCCAGAAUUAAAAGAGAACCAAAAAUUCUGACAAGGAGUCACAAAGCACCAAUUCCAAAGAUGGAUCACAAGAUUUCACCAUGGCAGUCCACAGACCUAAAGCAUGCUCAAAGGAAACAGAGGUAUGACAUCUCUAUCUCACUUAUGGUUGAAUUAUAUAAUACAACACACUGAGGUUUCAUCUUAAGUACACCCUCCCACAGUUUCAAAUAUACACUUUUUCCCUCUAAUAUUGUAACCCCUGGCAUUUCCAUUUUAGUGGUAAGCAUGAACUUCAGUCUAUGGAAUUUGCAAAACCGAGUCUAUUUUUCUCUGUACAUUGUUCUUAUAUUGCAUUUGGUGCAUGGUGCCACUGUCCCCUUAACAGUUUUUCUGUGAGAAAUUUGUUUCACAGUUUAAAAAUAUUGGUUGUAUGGCAGUCAUUCUAUCAAAUCAUGUUCUUGGAUUUUCAUUUGGACUAAUAAUACAAAGUUAUACAGGGAGAGGAAGCCAGUCUGGAGAUGAAAGCAAAACAGAUGAUAAAGAUGGAAUCUAUCUUCAGCAAAUAUGCUGAAACGGUCAAAGAGCAGCCAUGCAGAAUGCUCACGGACAUCGGAAAGUUGGCAUUUGGCGGCCAUUCCAACAGGUGCACAACAUAGGAUCCAACAUCCAAGAGUUUAAGCGGUUGAAACACAGAUUAUGCUCUCUUUGAAUUGUGAAUACUGAGAACCAGUGUAAACAAGACAUCACUAUGUUACAGAAACUAGUUUAGGAAUGCAAAAUUAUGUUCAUUUUCAAUCCCUUUACAAGACCAAUUCGUCAAGCAAAUUCUGGGUUAAAAUAAACAGGGAACCUGUUU